GGAGCCAGAGUUUUCUAGGGCGACUGGCUUUCCCGUACGGCUCCACGCAACCUGUUUACUAGGAGAGGUGCUGAAAGAGAAGGAUUGUCUUAGGCGAGCAAUCGUCUGGGGGAGAGGGACUUGUUCUUCCCUAUCUCUGGGGACCUUUGCUUGCAACGGGAUAAAGCAACAUCAAGAGGAUGUAAAUAGACAACCAGAGCCAGAGCAACUGUUACCAAGAAGGCAGAGUCACAGGAAAAAAAAAAAAAAAAAAGAGGGAGGAGCGUUGGUUUUCAGUGGGGGCUUUUUAUCUUUCCCACUUGUAACAUUAAUGCUGUUAAUAGUCAGAGGCGUUGAUUGCAACUUUUCAAAGGUCAGUCCCUGUUCCGACGAGGAAGGAGGAUCCCCACUCUGACCCCGCUGGUGGUGCUCAGCCUAGACUGGUUUUAGUUAGGGGAAUGAACAGAACGUCAACCGGAGUAGUGUAGGGGGUUCCAGCCUUUCCUCCUCGUCGACCCAGGGGAAGCCGCCUUCCGUGCGCCGAGGAGCUCUUCCCCGCAGUGACAUGUGUCUCACUCUCGGUGCCAAAUUGGGCAGCAGGUGCCGGUCCUAAGGAGUCACUGCCAGCCCCGAGGUGCCGAGUGACGCUGAGCCAUGCGACCCCCAGGCGCGCCCCUCUUCUGCACCUUACGCCUCUUGCUCCUGCUGCAGCUCGCGGUUUCUCCUGCCCUAGCAGUUGGGAACCAGACCAGGUUAGGGAAGAAAGACUUGCCUGCACUGACCCCGGAACAGCGCGGCUGGGAAGUUUGGGGAUCGGGAGAUGUGUUGCAGAAAGUGUUGUCCAGCAGCCCCAGGAGAACAGCUGUAGCCAAAGCACAAAAAGAGAAGAAGGAGGAAAAAGAAGGAAAUGCAUUAACGGCUCCCUUCGGGGACCUGGCAGGGACUCACAGGACUUCGCAUUUCCCCCCAGAGAGGCGGCCUGACAUUUGGCUAGUUCCUCUCAGAGCAGCGGUGAUUGAGCUACCGGUUGCCCUUAGAUUUUCCUUGGACACGGCUGAAGAGAAGAGUGAUAAGGAUAUUGAUGGAGGAGGCAGCAAAGAGCAGAAUGUCAGGACCCACUCCGGAGCUCUGGAGCCUUUCUCCAGGUGGAGGAGAGCGGGGAAACCCCAUGGUGACCCCUUGUCCAGUCCCCCUAUCUCGGGGAGCGCAACCACUGUGGAUAGAAAAGCGCAGGAGGAGAUAGUGGCUACCUCCGCUAAAGCAUUGCCUUUAAACGGAUCCUCUGAAGGGGCACUCCAGGAGAAGAGCGGCCCCCGCGGGGGAAACGGCACGAACCGGCGCCCCAAGCUCAAGAACCCCUUUUAUCCGCUGACCCGGGAGUCCUACGGAGCUUACGCUGUUAUGUGUCUGUCCGUGGUGAUCUUCGGCACUGGCAUAAUAGGCAACUUGGCUGUGAUGUGCAUCGUGUGCCAUAACUACUACAUGCGGAGCAUCUCCAACUCCCUCCUGGCUAACCUGGCCUUCUGGGAUUUCCUCAUCAUCUUUUUCUGUCUGCCGCUGGUCAUCUUCCAUGAGCUCACCAAGAAAUGGCUUCUAGAGGAUUUCUCCUGCAAGAUCGUGCCCUAUCUCGAGGUUGCUUCUCUGGGAGUCACCACAUUCACCUUAUGUGCUCUAUGUAUAGACCGCUUCCGGGCUGCCACUAAUGUUCAAAUGUACUAUGAAAUGAUUGAAAAUUGUAGUUCCACCACCGCCAAACUCGCGGUCAUCUGGGUUGGCGCUCUACUUUUAGCACUCCCCGAGGUUGUCUUGAGACAGCUCAGCAAAGAAGACCUGGGUUUUAGUGACAGAGUUCCAGCAGAAAGGUGUGUCAUCAAGAUUUCCCCUGAGCUCCCGGACACGAUCUACGUCCUGGCUCUCACUUACGAUAGUGCAAGACUCUGGUGGUAUUUUGGCUGCUAUUUUUGCUUGCCCACACUUUUCACUAUCACCUGCUCCCUUGUGACUGCAAGGAAAAUCCGCAAAGCUGAGAAAGCUUGCACGAGAGGGAACAAGAGACAGAUUCAGCUUGAAAGCCAGAUGAACUGCACCGUAGUCGCCUUGACCAUAUUAUAUGGAUUUUGCAUCAUUCCUGAGAAUAUCUGCAACAUCGUCACAGCCUACAUGGCUACAGGGGUCUCUGAGCAGACAAUGGACCUUCUCCAUAUCAUCAGUCAAUUUCUUUUGUUUUUUAAAUCUUGUGUCACCCCUGUUCUCCUUUUCUGUCUUUGCAAACCUUUCAGUCGGGCCUUUAUGGAAUGCUGCUGCUGCUGCUGUGAUGAGUGCAUUCAGAAGUCUUCAACAGUGACCAGUGAUGACAAUGAUAAUGAGUAUACCACAGAACUAGAGCUCUCUCCUUUUAGUACCAUACGUCGUGAAAUGUCUACUUUUGCAUCUGUUGGGACCCACUGUUGAGGACUUCUUUUUAAUUUUAUGAAGGUUUUUACUUUCUUUUUCUUUACUGGAGAAAAAUGCAAAAAAAUAAAAUAAAAUUACAUAUAGUAGACUGAUUUUACAUAUUAACACAUAUACUUUGUUGAGGGGAAGGAAAUUAUGUUUAGUUAUUUAAGAAAAAAGAACAACCCAACCAAUAGUUUUAGACCAUUUUUAUCCAGUAUGGUGCUAAUAUUUUAUUUGAAAAUAAAAAGCUACUGCACCUUAAUUUAAUUAUUCAUUAGUUUUUUAUACUUAUAAUUAUUGUUUUUUGAGUAUAGUCAUGUGAUUUUAUAAGAUGUUUUAUGUAAAGAUGUGGUUGAAAGUAUUGUGUAUUAUAUUGUGAGGUGACCUGGAGUUUAAAGUUCUCAAAGUAGCAUAAAAUAAAUUGCAUUUCAUUAUUUAAUUUCAUUGUCAACCUACUUUUAACAAAGAACCAAUAAAUUUCUUUCAAUUUCCUUAA